UGAGGGGGAGUUGGAAUGCGUCAAGCAAAUCCUCCUACUACUACCACACGACCACCCACGGUUCCAUGGCAUCCUUCAACUGAUGGCAUCACAGGUUUAGCAACAGAACCUAAACUAAUAUAUUUUCCAGCAUCAACCUUGCCAGCAAUGCAGGAAGACAAUUGGGGUACCAUCAUCGGUAGUGCAGUGGGUGGGGCUCUCUUCCUGAUACUUGUAAGCAUUUUGGUUGGAGUUGUCUGCUAUAGGAGAAGACGGACGUUCCGUGGUGACUACUUUGCUAAAAACUACAUUCCGCCAACUGAUAUGCAAAAAGAGUCUCAAAUAGAUGUUCUCCAGUCAGAUGAUGUGGAUUCUUACCCUGACAGUGUAAAAAAAGAAAUAAAGCAUCCAAUGAACAGUCUGAUAUCUAAAGACUAUUUAGAAGACCCUGAAAAGCCAGAGUGGAACAAUGUAGGCAAUAUUAACAGGUACCAGGAACGGUAUGAAAGACCAAUGGAUUACUAUGAAAGUGGAACACUGGGGAUGAAAUAUAUGGGUAGCGAAUGUUAUGAUGACAAUGAAGAAGACUUUGUUUCCCAUGUAGAUGGCUCAGUAAUAUCCCGAAGGGAGUGGUAUGUGUAGUAACAACUGAAAAUCUAACUUGGUAUCUACAGUUCCAUUCAUUAGCUGAUUACUUUCAGAUUUGUUUAUAUUUUGACUUGAGGAAUAAGCUUUUUGAAGUUGAUUUUCAAGCUUUUUAUAUUGUAAGUUGACAGACGGAAAUGUAAAAUCUGGAUAAAAAUGUAUCUGAGCUGCUUUUUUUUCCAUUGCUGUACUACUGUUGUUCAAGAUCUGAAUUUUAAUGCAGAGUACUUUAUUGGUCUAUGGUACAGGUAACAAACUGCUGAAUUAAAGUUACCCUACAAAAUUGUUAUAAAGAAUUGAAAAGCAA